CAGUUGCUAUAUAAUCCCCAAACAAACUGCAUAAUCUUCCAUCAAAUUAACAUUAACAAUCAAGGAUCAAUUUACUAAUCUCUUCACCAUGAACAUCUCCCCUGACAUUUCCCAACCUCCAGUCGUCGCAAACUCCAACGUCCUGCUCCCUCCUCUCCUCAUCGCCGGCGGCAUCGUGGUCGGCGCUGCUGUGUUGCUUACGGGCCUCCACUUCUUUCUUAAAAAGUUCCGCCGUGAAGAACCUGAGACUUCUCCGGCGCCGGAGAAGUUUGCCGGAGACGAUGUGAAAAAGGUUCUAAAUUCAAUCCCCGUCAUGUGUUAUACAAAGGAUGAGCCGUCUCUCUCGCAAAUUAGUUACUCCGAGUGCUCGGUUUGCCUUUCGGCAAUUGAAGAAGGAGAAAAAGUUCGUGUCUUGCCGAGCUGCGGCCAUGGAUUUCACGCUCGGUGCAUCGAUGCUUGGCUUCAGACUCGACUGAGCUGCCCUGUUUGUCGGUCUGAUGUGACGGCGCCGCAGGUUUGUGUGACGAUGCCUGAUGUGGCGGUGGAAGGGUGCGGUGGCGCCGCUUCCGGAGCUGGAAAGCCCGAGGAUAGCUGUAGCCUUCCGGUGUGAUAUUAUUGUAUGUAAAGCGCUGAUGUUUAAUCAAUUUGUAAAUUAAUACAUUUUUCUCGAAAUAUUAAGAUGAUAUUGAAGAGAAUUACAGUA